CCAAUCAAAGAAAAGAAGCAGGGGAGGAGGGGUAGACCUUACGCCUGGUGCCUACACGCCUCAAACGGGGAAGUACAGCGUCGUGAUUGACCCAAUCGGAGAAGACGAGACUCGCGCGGAAGGUAGGGAGACCACCGUGCACCGCAUGUUCUGAUUGGUUGGCCCGUCUCAGCCUGCAGCCAAUCCGCGGCGAGAGACUACAAGGACCGCCCUCCCUUCGGAGAUCGGGUGUCCUUGGCGAAUGCCUGUCAGAAAUGGGGCAGGGGGCAAGAAUCACCUUUAGAUCCAAGCCGAGGGGGAACGUAAUUCGUCUCCUACCCCACUCUGACCGCUGAGAACGGCGAAGUAGGGAGCGCCUUUCCCAUCCGGCACUGAGUGGGCCGCCCCAAACUACGGCAAGAGGACCGCGAGUUCUCGAAAGCGCGUCGUGAUGUCAGUGGUAAGGAGUGGUUGGGAGCCUGGUGUCAUGGCAUACGUAUAUCCAGGUGAUGUCACCCUGGUACAGGGGAGCCCCAGGUGAUUAUGUGACGUCAUCAGCCUGUGUAGUGAUAUCAGGCUAGUGGAGGUGUUAGGGACCACAUGGGCCCCCUGGAGGGUGACAAGACCGAGGCCCGUACCCACUUCAAGGUGGCCAGGUUCAUCAUGGAGGCGGGGGUGAAGCUGGGGCUGCGCUCAGUGCCACUGGCCACAGCUUGUACCCUCUACCACCGGUGGACAGUAGCUGGUGGGGGUGGGACUGACCCCUACCUGGUCGCCAUGACAGCACUCUACCUGGCUGGGAAGGUGGAGGAGCAGCACCUGCGCAGUCGUGAUGUCCUCAACGUCUGUCACCGGUACCUGCACCCCAGUAGCCCUCCCCUGGAUCUGGAUGCCCGGUUCUGGGAGCUGCGUGACAGCCUGGCUCAGUGCGAGCUACUGCUGCUACGAUGCCUCUGCUUCCGUGUCUCCUUCCAACACCCACACAAGUACCUGCUACAUUACUUGCUGUCUCUGCAACCGUGGCUGAACCGACAUGCAUGGGGCAGAGCACAUGUGACACGGGCCGCCUGGGCUCUGCUGCGGGACAGCUACCAUGGGCCCUUGGGGCUGCAACACCCACCCCAGCACCUGGCAGCUGCCAUCUUAGCCCUGGCUUUGGCCUGCUACGGCCUUGUGCCCCCCUGCACUCCCACUCCCUGGUGGCAGGUAAGGCCGCAUAACCCAGGCAUCUGUACUUCUAGUCCCCAUUACCCCCACUGCCCUUCUUGUGCGGAGGAACCCAGGUAUUUGGGCUCCCCUGUGCUCCCUCCUGGAGUAAGAAGAGAACCCAGAUGUCCAAGAGCCUGAUGUCCAGGCUGGGGAGGGAACCCUGGAGCUGGGCCAGAGGGAACCCCAGGCAUCCAGGCCUCGCCCCUUCCCAGGUACUGAGCGAGGACCUGGAGGAGGCUGACCUGGCACGGAUCGUGGGGGAGUUGCUGCAGCUCUACGCCCUUGACGCUGACCUCACCUGACCCCUCCCAGGAUCUGGGCCUAGGUGG